CAUUCUAUUCUCAAUUGUCUCCUUACUUUCCCUCCUCUGAAAAUCACCCCCAGUUCACAUUCUCUCUCCUCAGAAAACCUCUUCCUCUUUCACCAAUGGCGCCUAAGGCAGAGAAGAAGCCAGCCGAAAAAAAGCCCGUGGAGGAGAAGAAGGCCGCCGCUGCCGAGAAGGCUCCGGCUGAGAAGAAGCCAAAGGCUGGCAAGAAGCUUCCGAAAGAAGCCGGAGCAGCCGCCGGCGACAAGAAGAAGAAGAGACACAAGAAGAGCGUCGAAACCUACAAGAUCUAUAUAUUCAAGGUUCUCAAGCAAGUUCACCCUGACAUUGGAAUCUCCAGCAAGGCGAUGAGCAUCAUGAACAGCUUUAUCAACGACAUCUUCGAAAAGCUUGCCCAGGAAUCAGCCAGGCUUGCUCGCUACAACAAGAAGCCUACCAUCACUUCUCGGGAGAUUCAAACUGCUGUGAGGCUUGUUCUUCCCGGUGAACUCGCUAAGCACGCCGUUUCUGAAGGAACCAAGGCGGUUACCAAGUUCACCAGCUCUUAGAUUGAGGGUUUGCUAUUAAUUUCUGGGAAAUUAUGUAUUUAGAAUGUUUAAUUAGGGUUUAUGGUUUCUGCAUUUGGUUGCUUAAUUAGGGUUUACUAUGUUCUAACUGCAGAUACAUGGAAUAUAUUCGGAUCUGAAUUUUAUGAUUUUAAA